AUUGGUUGCGUUUCCUAUUGCAGAAUCACGCGCAUGUGCAGAACGGAUCGAGUAUGGAUCGGGAACUGACUUGACACGCUAUGUCUUCCUCUGGCAAUACGUACUGAUCACACGACCAGUAGCAUAUUUCAGGGUUUGGGAAAUAUUUUUUGAAGUUAAAGGAAGUUUUGCUUCGCUUUUUCGACGCAUAAGCAGACUGGACCUCUGUGGAUAUCCUUCAGAAAGUGGCUUGCAUUCUAGACCUUAAAUAGGACCAUCCAGAGCAUCUGUUGAUAAAAAGGUUCCUGCGAAAGAAUAAAUGGCCCAAUAUAAAAUCCGCAUAUAUCGGCAUGAGGACUUUGACACAGUGAGAGAAGUUUAUGCCACUGGGUUUGCAGAGCAUCUCCAGGCCGUGUACCUGCAUGUUCUUAAACGGCUCUGGGUUCAGCUUACCUUGGCAAGCAUCUUCAUUGCCUUGUUUGCCUCUUCUGGGUCACUCCUGUUAUCCAUCCUGGGUCUAACUCUUGUACUCCUGGCUUCCCGAGAAGGAGUACGAUUCUUGUUUGGCCAAGGAAUCCAGCUGGGUCUCAAUGAAGACCUCCAGGACAUCAGGAAGUCGUACAUGCAAGGAGACAGGUCCUGCUUUUGGGUGGCGGAAGUGCAGGGGAUCAUUGGAGGCACAGUGGGCAUCCUCCCAGCUAAGGAUGAGCCUGGGUGCUGGGAGCUAAAGCGAAUCUCUGUGAGGAAAGAAUUCAGAGGACAGGGAAUGGCCAAAGCACUGUGUAAGACAGCUCUUGAUUUUGUGAUUAACCAAGGGGUUGAAGAUGUGGUGCUGUAUACUUCCAUGGUCCAAACAGAUGCUCACCAACUCUACAAGAGUGUUGGCUUCCGAAUGGUGGAGACCUUUGUCUGGCCAUCACUCCCAGCCAAACUUAUCAACUUCAUGGUGUUUAAAUACAGGUAUAGAGUGCUGGCUUAGAGAAGAUUCCGAAGAUGCAAUUUAUUGAGGACCAUCACACAUAAUCAAGAUAUAACAGUAUUAUAAUCUCAAGACCUUUAAAAAUAUGAAUGUACUGUACACAAAAUUUCAAGCAGCAUUUCAUGGGAAUUUCUCCCACUUGAUACUUGUAUUUUCAUUUUACUCACCAUUUACGCCUUCCUGAUCCUUCUCUGCCCGCCCGCCCGCCUGUUCGAUCACCCGUGAUCUUGACAGUAACACUUUAGUAAUCAAACCUCAUACAAUUCUUUGAAUGUCUCAUUCACCUUUGUGUAGCCAGUCUCUAUGUCUGUAAGCUUCAGAGCUCAAAAGUCUUGGCUAGAAAUGUUUAUAAUGUGAUUUUUUACAAUUUGUUAGCACCACUGAAAAUAGGUUUUUGAAAAUGUUUAAAGUAGAUUUUAAGAAAAAAAAUAAUCACAUUCUAAAUGAUCUCAGAUUAUUGGUGCUGAGUUUGUGCUGAAUAAAAGCAUUUGUAGCACUUUGGGAUAAAUGUUUUCUAGAUAGGUGAAAUAUAGUAACAGUUUUUCCAAAUUGCUGAA